AUGGGGUUCCGCUCAGGAUUCGUGCUCGGGAGUAUCUUUUUCAUCUACGGCGUAUUGUUUGUCACGUCUACGUAUGAUAUUCCGUUGAUAUUCCACAAGCCAUUGUCGCUCGAUGCGUUUGGCCGCGCCGAGCAGUUUUAUCUCGGUUUGUUCUACGGGCCAAACAGCAUUAAGGCUUUGCUGCACGCCAUUAUGGGCGCUGGUGUGCUGGGGCUUGCAUUGAAGGUGCACCGCUGGACUCUCAAUGACAAGUACUUUGGUAUGAGCAGCAUUGUAUUGUAUGUGGGAUCGCUGGUCAUGUACCUCUCCGUGAUUCUUCCCAAUAUCCGUGCAUUGGUGCAUUCUAGCGAUGAGUACUACCUCUUGCGUGCCGUAUUUGAGCACAGCACCGAGCGCGCAUCAGACCCAACUAUGGAACUUAUCCUGGAAGAGCGCGUCUCGUUGGUUCAAGUAAUUUCCGCGACCAACCUCAUGAUUGCUGCGGCACUCUUUGGUGUGCUGCUUCUCCAGGGCGGUGAGUGGUACGCGAUCCGGCAAGAUCGGAUCAACGAGGAUAAGCACCGCCGGGAAUCGAUCGCCAAGCUGGAUGGUCAGCGCACCGAUAAAAGCCAGCGAAACACAAAAAAGACGCGGUAA